AUGUUCUGUAGGUGUACACGGCAUUGCUACGAUUGUCCCAUCUGCCACGCCAACCUCGCCACCACCGCCGUCAAGAGUCCACCAGAGGCCAGCCAUCAUCUGAGGCCUGCCGAUGGCGAGCGCGAGGCCGACUCGUUCAUUCUGCAAUGCCAAUUCUGCGAAUGGAGCUCGCUGGACAUUGGCGUACGCUUCUCCAGGCCCACCAAGAUCACCGAACAACUCAACAAGCUCUGGAAGGCGAGAAAUGCACCCGCCGAAUUGGACGGAGAGCAGCCAAGACCGCGGUUUGACAAACUUCAACACGAUGCUGCCUUCGCCAACCUCUCCAAAUUCUACAAGGAACAACUUAGCGAAGCAGGCGAACAGCAGAAUCUCUACCCGGGAAGUCCCUAUAGCUCGCCUGCUAAUCUUCAGCGGAUCAUGAACCUUUACGGCGGCAUGUCCUAUCACACCUUGAAGAARACCCGCGAGAAGCCCCAGCCGAYGCGUGAAGCCGGCGGUCAACCUGAAGGGCUUUCCACCUAUACUGAGAAGAGUACCGCGGUGGAUGACGAGAUUCUGCAUCGCAUGAAGACUUUUGGGCUGGAUGGCACAUCCACACAGCAGCAGCGACUUGCAUCACCAUCAAAUUACGACUCCAGGUUCACAGACCAGCUAUGGCCAGUCGCAACUCCCCUGCGCGUGCGAAGAGGGAAGCGUUGCCGAACUUGUCGGCAGUUCCUGGCGAGACCAGAAGGUAAGGUGGGCAGUAUGCGGUACAAGAUCCGCUUGCUGGCUUCACUGCACAUACAGCGUCUUUCUAUCCGGCCUCUUCAGCCGACAGGUCCUCCACAGCACGCGUCAUUCCGACUUCGAGCGGAGCCUAUGGAGCAGACGAAACUGCCUCCCUUUCAAACGCUACAAUACAUACUUACAGUGCGUAAUCCGUUGUUUGAAUCGGUCAAAGUCACUCUCUCAACGCCAGGGACGACUCCUGGUAAAGUUGCUUCAAAGAUCACCAUUCUCUGCCCGUCGUUCACGGUUGGACCUGCAGGCGAGAACAUGUGGGAUGAAGCACUUUCUAGCUCUACCAUGAGUGCCAGCGGCGAUGGGAGCAGGCGAGCCGCCAUGGCCUCCCUUACCGGUGGUUCGGCAGAUUCAGACCGUCAGCCCGAGGCAGGCAAAGUUUGGGAGCGUAGCCGAAACUCGACUUCUGUGAUACUGGAGAUCGUGCCGGGCUCUCUCAAGCCGCCGCCCUCUUUUACUGCCAAGUCAGAGCAGCAGCUCGCGGAUGAGGUCCUUGGUGAGGACGACGACGUCUUGGAGAUACCGAUUCAUGUCCGAGCUGAGUGGGAGGCUGAUCCAACUCACGGGCAGGAUCUCCUGGCCGGCGCAGAGAAGAAGGAGCGCGAUAGCAAAGAGCUCGCAUAUUGGUGUGUGCUGGGUGUCGGGCAGAUCGCCGACGUGUGA